UUUUUUUAAUUAUAUUUUCCUCAAUAUAUAGAAUAAUAUUAUAAAAAAUUAUAGUACAAUUGAUUUAUAAAUUUUUCAAAAUUUCACAAGCCACCCAAAUAAAAAUUUCUGGCUCUCAAGCCACAAGACUUUGGUCAAUGAUGGGCCUUAAUCCAUGGGGGAAUGCUUUGAGCUUAUCUUUUUGUUGCCUUUUGUUUCUGUUUAUUCUUUCCUUCCUUUUUCCCUCUCAAAUGUCAUUCUCCAUUUCCACUCAAAAUAAAAAAAUGCAAGACUUUCUUGAACCCAAUUUAAAAUUUUUUAUUUAUUAUUGUGAUGCAAACAUGAUAUUUUAGAAAUUUAAUUUUCCCCAGUUGCACCCACUUUUCAAUUCUUUAUUAUUAUUGUUGCAAUCAGCUUUGGACUAUUCUUCAGUUUGAACUUUGAAUUUCCCUUCUUUGACGUUUCAGCAAUGAAAGUAAUACUUUUCAAGGCUUUGCAGCUCAAUGAAUUAUAUCCAAUACUCUGAUACCAUACCUGGUCUUUUAGUCGUUGGAUGUAGUGGUGAGCCUCACCUGAUGAACGAUCUAACGAUUUAGACACCUUAAGUACGAUACCCGAGAUAUUGCAGAACCUUUUACAAGAUGGUCAAGAUAUACAUAUGGUUAUGAAUAAGAGACUAAACAUCAUUUACCAUUUGAAAUGUAAUAUUUGCGAAACAAAAAUAUGGGGUUUUCAGCCUUUGGUGUACUAACAUUAUCUUACAUCCUUUUUGUGUCCUUUUCAUUGGCAACUCCAAGUUCUUCAUUUCAUGAAAACUUUGUGAAUUGCUUUUACUUCAAAGCAAACCUUUCUCACCCCAAUUCCCAAGUACUGUUCACUAAAAACAGUUCAUCAUAUUCAUCUGUCUUGCAAUCUGCUGCACAAAACCUCAGAUUCUCAACAACUUCAACUCCCAAGCCACAACUUAUCGUCAAGCCAACUCAUGAAUCACACAUUCAAGCAGCCAUAGUUUGUUCCAAGAAGCACGGCCUGCAAUUACGAGCACGAAGUGGUGGCCAUGACUACGAGGGCCUUUCUUAUGUGUCUGAUGUUCCAUUCAUCAUUGUUGAUCUUGCCAAUCUUAGAUCUGUCAGGAUUGACAUAGAAGAUGAGAGUGCAUGGGUAGAGUCUGGUGCAACUGUAGGAGAACUAUAUUACAGAAUCGCGGAGAAGAGCAAGGUUUACGCCUUCCCAGCAGGCAGCAGUCUUACAGUAGGUGUUGGGGGACACUUCAGUGGAGGCGGAUUUGGUACCAUUUUCAGAAAAUAUGGCCUAGCAGCAGAUAAUGUCGUCGAUGCUCGGAUAAUUGAUGUCAAUGGCAGAGUUCUUGAUAGGCAAUCCAUGGGUGAGGAUCUAUUCUGGGCUAUCAGAGGAGGAGGAGGAGGAGGAGGAGGAAGCUUUGGAGUCGUCGUUUCUUGGAAAAUAAAGUUAGUCCCUGUUCCAUCCAUUGUCACCAUUUGUAGUGUCCAAAAGACCCUAGAACAAGGUGCAACCAAGCUUCUCUACAAGUGGCAAACCGUAGCAGACAAACUCCCUGAAGACCUCUUCCUCCAUGCCACCAUAGGAGUUGUCGAUGCAAGUCAAAAUGCAAACAAAAGUAAAACGAUACUAGUUUCUUUUGAUGGCUUGUUUCUUGGAGGUGUUGAGGAACUCCUUCCUCUAGUACAAGAGAGCUUCCCCGAAUUAGAUUUGGAGCACGGUGACUGCCUCGAAAUGAGUUGGAUUGAGUCCGUCCUUCCCUUUGUCGGCUUCUCAGUCCACGAAUCCAUUGAUGUUUUGCUCAACAGGACUCAGCAAUCCAUCUCCUUCUUCAAGGCAAAAUCCGACUACGUGGAGGAGCCCAUUCCCGGAGCUGGGCUGCAAGGAUUAAUGGAAAUUCUACUUGAAGAUGAAGCUGCAUAUAUGAUCUUGACGCCUUAUGGUGGAAAGAUGAGCGCGAUUUCAGAUUCCGAGACUCCUUUCCCUCAUAGAAGUGGAAUCAUUUACAAAAUUCUGUACAUGGUUUCCUGGGAAACAAACAAGGAAACCAAGGAUCACAUCUCCUGGAUGAGAAAGCUCUAUGCCUACAUGAAACCUUAUGUUUCGAAGUCUCCAAGAGCUGCUUAUGUCAACUAUAGAGAUCUCGACUUGGGUAGGAACAAGAAUGGUGGUAAUACAAGCUAUGCACAAGCAAGUGUUUGGGGUUUGAAGUACUUCAAGAACAACUUCAAGAGAUUAGCACAUAUAAAGACCAAUACUGAUCCAUCUAACUUCUUUAGGAAUGAACAGAGCAUCCCAUUGUUUCCAUUAUCCGAAAAAAAACAGGGGAACUAGAAAUAGCAUAUCAUGUCUGUCUUUUAUUGUAUUUAUCGAAAGAGAGAACGAUAAAAUUUAUGUAAAGAGUACUCUUAAAUAAAAUUUACAUUGUCAAAUGUCUUUUAAUACAUUUUUGAUGAAU